AUGGUGGUUCUCAAUAUAAAUAGCUAUUUCGACACCAUCUGUCCAUGGUGCUACAUAGGCGAGAAGAACCUCGACCGCGCAAUAGAAACGUACAGGCGGACCUACCCCGGCGGAUCAAAAGACGAGUUCAAGUUCACAUACAAGCCCUUCUAUCUCGACAGAGAUGCGCCCACGCCAGGUACCCCGAUGCGCGAGCGUAUUACACAAAAGAACGGAGAUAUGGCCAGUGGUAUCAUCACUCGGCUCGAGCGGACCGGUCGAGGGUGCGGAAUAAACUUCACAUUUCAGGGCCGCAUCGGAAAUACAAGAGAUUCUCAUCGCCUCGUGCGCUUUGUACAGCGCGAGGCCAAUUCUGAGCCACGUCGCGUGGUCGAAAAUCUCUUCCAUGACCUCUUCGAAGGGUCGAGCGAUAUCUCUAGCCGACAAGAUCUCGCACGCGCGGCAGUCGCAGCAGGGCUUGAUGGCGAUGAGGUAGCGGCGUUCCUCGAGACGGAUGAGGAAGGACCAGAGGCUGAUGAACUGGCAGCGCAGGCGCGUUUGGACGGCGUGCGCCAUGUUCCAACGUUCGAGAUUAAUGGUUUCCGAGUCGAGGGUGCGGAUGACCCUUCUGAGUUUUUCGAGAUCUUGGUCAAGGCGAGGGAGGCGGCAUCGCAUGCGGCAUAA